CUCACCAUCGUUCUCGUCCCAAAUAUCCGCAACAGCUACGUAUCAUGGCAAACCCUCGCAAAGCGGUGGUAGUCGGAAUCAGUGGGUGCUCAUCGAGUGGAAAGACCAGCAUUAGCCGUCUGUUACGAGAUAUUUUCCCGAACACGUUCGUGCUUCAUGAGGAUGAUUUCUAUCUGCCGGAGACUGAGCUACCGAAGAAAUAUGAUCUGCUAGAUUGGGAUUGCGCGGAAUCACUAUCAAUUCCUGACAUGCUGAAAUCCCUCAAACACAUCCACGCCGAAGGCACAUUUCCACCAUUCAUAGACUCAAAAGAAGAUCAGAACACAGUGGGUGAUAUCCCAGUAUCACAAACCACCAUUGAUAAGCUCAAAGCACGAGUAAAAGCCUGGACGAGCUUCGGAAAUCGUGGCUUCGGAAUAUUGGAGAACUCGCCGAAUGCAAUUCGACUUUGCCUCUUUGACGGCUUCCUUCUGUACUCAAAAUCAAUGGCCCCGAUUCAGUCGCAGAUCGAUGUCAAGCUCUUCCUCCGCGUCAGCUAUGCCAAGGCGAAGGUAAGACGGGAAGCACGGAGUGGAUAUGUCACGCUUGAAGGAUUCUGGGAGGACCCACCUGGAUAUGUAGACAAGAUUGUUUGGCCGAACUAUGUGGAAGACCACAAGUGGAUGUUUGAGAGUGGAGAUGUGGAGGGAGCGUUGAGGGAGGAUGUGGUGAAGGAGACGGGUAUCAAGUCUCAAGUCGAUGGGGUGGACAGGGAUAUGGAGACGACGUUGAGGUGGGCUGUGCACACUCUGAUGGACCAACUGCCGUUACUCGCCAAGGCUGAGCAGUAGCCCUUUCUCAGUAGGGUUUUGAGCAUCGCCAGAUCUCUCUUGCAUGAUUUUGGUUGAUCGUUUUUUGUUCUAGGCUUCAUUCCCACUGGCAGUUAGCUCCAGUCAACGUGUACCGAACCCGUCAUUCGCUCAUUCGUCCUUUUGUCUCAGAAAAAUAUCUUAUUCCUUUGACAACCAAACUUGACAACAGUAGAGUUGUCAAUGCACAGAGUUUGGGGUUUCAAUUGCCUGCAACGUUUCCUUUCAUGGUUGCGUCAAAGAGAAGAGCUCUUUCUCUUUCUUGGCUAAUUCCUUAGUCCUAGCUAGCAUAUCUAUUUGUGGAUGACAUUGUUUAUUAGUUUUGUUAUAAUCCACAGUGGCAUUGUGGCUAACAAUCUCAUUCAAUACCUUGGCGAUCUUUCAAUCACGAAC